AUGACGUCCAAGACUUACAAUGUCGGCAUCGUCGGCUACGGCUUCAGCGCCAAGAUCUUCCACAUUCCCUUCGUCAACCAGAUCCCUGAGCUGAAGCUCUAUGCGAUCGUGCAACGGACCCCGAAGCCCGAUGACGAUGCGGAGAAGGAUCACCCGGGUGUCAAGUCCUUCCGCACCACCGAUGAGCUGUUCCAGGACUCCGCAGUUGAUAUCGUCAUCAUCACCACCGCUCCCGACUCCCACUUUGCUCUGUGCAAGGCGGCACUGGAGGCUGGCAAGCACGUCGUUUGCGAGAAGCCGUUCACCCCCACUUUCAAGGAGGCCGACGAGCUGGUUGCUAUUGCGAAGAAGAACAACAAGCAGCUCGCCGUCUACCAGAACCGUCGCUGGGAUGCUGACUUCGUGACCCUCUCGAAGCUGGUGAAGAACGGAUCGCUCGGCCGUAUCUCCGAAUUUGAAACCCACUUCGACCGCCAUCGCCCUGAGGAACCCUCCGCCGAUGCUCACAAAUGGAAGAACAAGGUCAUUCCGGGCGGCUCUGCUAUCUAUGACCUGGGCACCCACCUCUUGGACCAGGCUGUGCAUCUGCUGGGUCUGCCCAAGCGGGUCACUGCCUUCAUCGGCUCCGCGCGGGCCGUCAACAGCUCUGGCUUCGAGGACUCCUUCACGGUGCUGCUGCAUUACGCCAACGGUACCAUGGUCACCGCCAAGGCGACCGUUGUCAGCCCUGAGGAUGAGCAGCUGCGCUUCUGGGUGCGAGGUGACAAGGGUAGCUUCAAGAAGUUCCACCUCGAUAUUCAAGAAGACCAGCUUAAGGCGGGCAUCAUGCCCCAGGACAACGGCUACGGCCGCGAGCCAAGCGAGCGCUAUGGCACCCUAACCACCAUCCAGGGUGACAAGCCCGUUAAGGAGAUCGUCCCCACCGUCGAGCCUCCCACUUACACUGAGUACUACCGCAAGUUGGUGCGCGCCCUCGGCGGCGAGGGUGACCUGCCUGCCAGCGGCGCCGAGGCCGCUCAGGUCAUUCGGCUGAUCGAGCUGGCUCGCGAGAGCUCUGCCACCGGCCGCACCCUGGACGUUUAA